AAUCGAGCAAGUGCGACUAACAGUUCCUUCGACGGACGAUCCAACGUUGCAAGUGUUAACAUUCCGCUUAUGGAUUCUUGGUGUUCCACUUUGCAUCCUACAAUCGGUGUUGUUAAGAAUCGCUUCUUUCAGGCAGCAGUUUGUCUACAUAUCGCCCGCUUCUAUCGAUAUCUUCUUGUUCGGUGGAUGUAAUCUGUUAGCCAGAGUUUUGCCUAAUAAAGUUGUGAGAAUCCCGGGCUCAAGAUGGAGUUUUUCGCUGAAUCCGUGCUCCUUCAAUAUCAAAGAACACAUCGCCAUGUCCAUAUUUGUUAAUUCGGUAGGCAGUCCAGGCUUUUACAAUAUCAGUAUCGCCAAGAUCUUUUACCGCAAAGAAAUUCAUAUUUUACCCGCUUUGCUCUUGGUUAUAUCAACUCAGUUCUUGGGCUUCGGAUUUGCCGGUUUGUUUCUAAAAGUUUUUGUGGAUUCACCGUAUAUGUGGUGGCCUAAUGUAAUUGCCAGCAUCUCUCUUUACAGGGCAUUACAUGAGCAGGAUAAGAGGCCUAAGGGAGGGCUAUCACGUUAUCAAUUCUUUUUUAUUGUCUUUGCUGUGAUUUUCGCUUACAGCAUCAUCCCUGCUUAUUUCUUCCAGUCUGUUACUGCUCUCUCCUUUGUGUGUUGGAUAUGGAAGGACUCAAUCACUGCACAACAAAUUGGCUCCGGGAUGAAUGGACUCGGCGUUGGAUCAAUUUCGCUUGAUUGGAUGACUAUGACAAGUUUUUUAGGAAGCCCUUUAGUUCUUCCUUCAUUUGCGAUAUUCAAUAGGUUGAUUGGAUUUAUCGUGGUCGCAUACAUUAUUAUACCCUUCUCUUAUUGGAGUAAUGCAUUUGAAGCAAGAAAAUUUCCACUGUUUUCGACCAAUAUCUAUGAUUCUCAGAGCCACAAAUACAAUGUCUCUAGAAUUCUAGAUUCAAACACUACUGUCACCUUUAAUCAAGAAGCCUAUGAUAAGUACUCGAAGAUAUACUUCACUACUUCACUGAUUUAUUCUUACGCAUUUAUUCUUGCUCAAUACACAUCCUCUAUUUCUCAUAUUACUCUUUUUUAUGGGAGGUACGUAUUCAUUUUGUCACAUUCUAAUUGAUGUAUUCAUAGUCCAGUUGAUCGUUGUAGUAAUCUCUCUGCAGAUCACUGUGGCACAAAUUUAAGAGAGCAUAUAAAGACGAUGAUGAGCUAGAUGUGCAUGGGAGGCUAAUGAAGCAAAAUUAUAAAUCUAUUCCUCAGUGGUGGUUUUACUCCAUAUUGUUGUCCAUGAUCGGCAUGGCAAUUCUGGUCUGUGAAGGUUUUGGCGGUCAAAUUCAACUUCGUUACUGGGAAGUUUUGUUGGCAUGUGCUCUGGUUUUUCUGUUCCUUCCAUUGGAAUGCGUACUCGAAGCAAUUGCUGGUUUGGGAUUUACAUUAGAUUUGUUAUUGGAAGCCAUCAUUGGAUACUUGAAUCCAGGCAAACCUCUAGCCAACAUGGCUUUCAAAUUAUACGGAUCAGAGGCUUACCUAUUGGCAGUCUACACUAUAUCUAACUUCAAAUUAUCACACUAUAUGAAGAUUCCUCCAAAAAUCUUAUUUCACCUCAUGAUUUUAGGCACGGCGAUUUCAUGCUUCACUGAUUUUGGCAUAGCAUGGUGGAUGCUCCGAUCAAUAGAUAAUAUUUGCCAACCUGACUUACUUCCGGAGGGAAGUCCUUGGACAUGCCCCACUGAGAAAGCAACGUAUAUCUCUGGGGUAACAUGGGGGCUUGUCGGACCUAGCAAGAUGUUUUAUCCCGAUGGCAUAUACUCAGUAGUCUUCAUCUUUGCUCUAAUUGGACUCGUCGCACCAAUUCCCAUUUGGUUAUUAUCGCACAAGUAUCCUGAAAAGAAAUGGAUUGGACUCAUUAACUUCCCAAUUAUAUUCAGUGCCGCUCAUAUUCUACCUUACGGUGGGAUUGUGGGUUAUUGGAGCUGGUUUAUUGUUGGUUUACUCUUCAACUAUUUCAUCUAUCAUAAACAUAGAGAAUGGUGGACUAGAUAUAAUUAUCUAUUAUCUGCUGGACUUACUGCGGGCUCUGCAUUUUUUAUUCUCCUGCUUAGCGUCUCACUUCAGUUUCAAAAUAUAUAUGGAGUGAACUGGUGGGGAUUAGAAUUAGGUGAUCAUUGUUCAUUGGCAAACUGCCCCACAAUGCCUGGUGUUAUUAUCGAAGGUUGCCCCAUAAUCCAAUAACAAUUUUUAUCAUUAAAUCCAAAUAUUUCAAUAUGAUCUUGGAAAGAUAUGUAAUGACAGGUAUAAACAUAGAGAAUAAUGGAUAAGAUUAAUUAUUAUCUAUUAUCUUCUUUAUUCAGUAUGGGCUUUGUAUUGUUUUUAUU